AUGGAUUUUCACAAGAGCCGGUAUUUCAGCAUAAACAAAAGAAUGCUUAAAUGCAUGGGCCUAUGGCCGUAUCAGAGCAGUCUCACGAAGAUUGUAAUCCACACUUGUACCACCGUAAUUUUCAUCAUUUUGUUUAUACCCCAAAUCUGUUGUUUUAGUAUGCACAUAGGCCACAACGGAGACAAAACAAUGCAAGCGGCCGCAGUGACAAUCUACAUAUUUGUGAUAUUUUUAAAAUCAAUAGCAGUGAUGAUGGCAGAGAAUAAGACACGCAAGAUGUACGAGAAUAUUGUUGAUAACUGGAAGUUGUUGAAAAACGAGGAUGAGUUUAAUACGAUGAAGGAACACUCGGAGUUCGGGAAAUUGUUGACGAUCGGAUACAUUGCCUACAUGUAUUCAGCGGGGACGUUUUUCGUUACCGUGCCAUUCGUCCCAAUUUGCAUAGAUUACGUAUUCCCGACCAACAGCACCAGGAUUCGAAUCUUCAUAUUGGACGGGGAAUACGGGGUAGAUAAAUUCGACAAUUACGGAAAAAUCUACAUUUUCGAGAGUUUCACCUGUAUAUCGACGACUUUUAUUUUUUGCGCUCUGGAUACGACCUACUCCACCUGCGUUCAACAAUGCGUUGGGCUGAUGGAUGUGGUCAAGAUGCGCUUGAAAUUGGCCACGAAGCGGGACCGUUCAAACGAAGACGGCAACUAUCACGCGAUGAGAGAAUGCAUCAUAUUGCACAAAAAUGCCUUACAUUUUGCAAAAGUACUCGAGUCUUCGUAUUCUACGAACUUUUUAAUUGUAAUGGCAACAAAUGUCCUCAUUGUCAGCGUUGGUUCCGUAGUGAUAAUUAUGAAUUUAAAUAGACCUCUGGAGUUGAUAAGAUUUGGCUUGAUUUACAUAGGGCUUUUCAUACACAUGUUUUACCUUAGUUGGCCCGGCCAGCGUUUGGUCAACAUUGGCAAUCAGCUUUACGAGGACACGUACAACAACGACUGGUACCAGUGUUCGAUAGAAACGCAGAAACUCUUGAGAUUCAUGAUGAUGCGGUGCAAAGAGCCGUGCCAUUUGACAGCUGGUGGACUGUACGUCAUGAACAUGGCCAAUUUCGGAUCGCUUCUCAAGACUUCGAUGUCAUACAUCACGGUGUUUUCUUCGUACAGAUAAAGUAUAUAAACUCUGGAGGACAACAGUAUUCGAG